AUUCAAAUAUUCGUUAUUAUAGAAUCGUACGAGUCAACUCGUAUUUCCUUCUUGCAUAUAUUUAGUUUAACUUUUAAACGCUACAAUUAAUUAACUCUAUAACCAUUUAUUUAUUAAUCAACUUUACUUUAUUUAAUUGCAUAAUCUUAUAUUAUCAACUACCAUGCCAGAUCCGAUACCAACACCAGCAAUUUACGCACACCCCUGCUCCAAUAGAGAGGUGAAGCUGGAGCCGACAAGUGAUAUUCGUAAAAUCAAACGGCUUAAUAGACCUAUUUAUGAUGUUCUACUUAAGGAGUUCUACGAGGAUGGGUGUUACACAUCGGCUCGUUAUUUUGAAUAUUUAGUGACUGUGGAGCGGGAUCUGAUCGAAAAGAAGCACGAAAGGCAAUAUGUCUACGAGGACAUGGACUUCCUAUUGCAACUUAUCGACAAUGUCAAAUUGGCAGAGCAGGUUUACCAUUUGGACGAAAGACAUGGCGUAUAUGUGAUGAGGAGAAUACUUUACGAGACUCUUGGAUUUGUUGAGAAGCAAAACUUCGUUUGGUUGACGAAACAGUUGUACACCAUAAUAGCCAAAUAUAUGCUAUAUUCUACAACAAAUUUCUCAGCAAAGGAACAAUCCACGAGAUUCGUUUUCAAAUACGCAAAAUUUUUGAAGCAACAAGGAAAACCGGAGCAACUUCAUAAAGCGACACUUAUUCUAUCCACGGCAAUGGAUGUGGCAUGUGCCGAAACAUGGAAACCGGAUACCAGUCCUGAAAUUGAGAAGUUUCCGACUCUACAUGCAGCUUUGGGUAUCUUAUUGGCCGAAAUAUACUUGAUCAAAGCAAAGGAAGCUGGUAUAACACGGAAACACGCUAUGAAGCGUGCACAGAAAGCUAUCAAAGCUGUUGCUCAAGUGGGCAUUAAGGAAAACAAAUUGAUAGCUUUUAAAGCGUUCCUCGUAAAGAUUGACCUUCUAAUGGAUGCUGAUAGAUUUGACUGGGCAUUGAAGGAGUUACUUCUGCUGAAAGAGAGCGUUCUGAAAGCGGAGGGUCGUGAGUUUCUGGAGUCCAAAUUGGAUUGUCUCAGGAAGCUCGGCACCACACUAUAUUGCCUUGACCAGCCGAUUGGUGCAAUAGAAAUUUUCGCACAAGCUUUGGAUAUAUGCAGAGCUAAUGAUUAUUGGCAAGGCGAAGGUGAUAUACUAGUGGAAAUAGGGCAUGCACAGCGUCGUUUGAUCGGUGGAGAAGUUAGGGCACGUCUGGCAAUGGAGUUGGCUAAGAUCCAUUUUGAUCACCAAGCCAACCAUGCAAAAUUCGUGAGCACCAAAUAUAUGGUAGCUGCAUUGAGAUCCGAACUUAUACACUCUGAGCUGAUCAAUUUAAUAAAAUCACAAUCGUUUUGUGACUUUUAUCGAUUAAGGCGUUGGAAAACCCUGGCCGAACGUUUUUGGGAUGAAGACAAUCAAGUUGGCUAUAUAAAGCAGAAUACUUUAAGUGACAUAUCAAAGUACUCAUCUCAAAACCUAUAUCGACUAUAUAAUCUUGUACUGAACACGCGCAGUUCCGUAUCGAAAAUAAGGGCUUCAGAAAUAGAGAAAAUUACAUCAGAGGUCACCACAAGUGAAGAGAGCGAAGAUUUGGAACGUGUCGUUGCGGAUAAUUUAUAUACACAGGAAGACUCUGCAACUGACCAAUAUAUAAAUAAAGAAGUAAUGGAAGAAGAAUACCAGGGGCUCUCUAUCGAAAGUGGCGAGUUUUCAAAUAGCAGUUCUAGCGAGGAUAUUGAGAAACCCAAAACUACCACUAGAACUAAAUAUUUGAGUAUAGUAUCUCAGCCAAGAAGAUAUUCAGAUGCUCCGGUUUCUAGAAGAUCUACAAUCCAAGGCAUUUGGGUUGUGAGGGAUUCUGAUCCAAUACGUUGUCUACUACGUGAGGAAUGAAAUAUUAGACUAUACUAUUUUAUAUAUUACUGAACAUAUACUAAAUCUGCAAUUAUUAUAUAAUUGAAAUAAAUAGCAUUAUUUAUAAA